GUCUUCGAACCUCGGUAUUCUAUGCGGUAACCCGCAUCCAAGCGACAUCGCCAUUCUCCUCCCUGCACUCCACCACUGCUGUUUACAGACUUUUGCAGACUUCGAUUUCGAUAUUCACGACACGUAAUUCAGCAUGGCAUCCAUUGCAAAGGCUCUCCGGCCACUGACACGCGUCGCCGCCUCUUCAUCACGCCCUUCUAGGACAGCAUUUUUUAAGGCCACCCCGCAAAUACGAUGCCUCUCCACGACGCAACCACGGCAAACAAUCGACAUCACCGACAUCCCACCCACACCCAUAACGCACCUCUCCGAGACCGAGUCCCUCAUGGCCGACUCGGUCAACAAGUUCUCGAAUGAAGUGAUUUUGCCUAAAGUGCGGGAGAUGGACGAGGCCGAGACUAUGGACCCGGCUGUCGUGGAACAACUGUUUGAGCAGGGACUCAUGGGGAUUGAGAUCCCUGAAGAGUACGGUGGCGCAGGAAUGAACUUCACGUCCGCGAUUGUGGCGAUUGAGGAGCUGGCGCGGGUGGAUCCUAGUGUGAGCGUUAUGGCGGACGUACACAACACGUUGUGUAAUACGGCCAUUCUGAAGCAUGGUAGCGAGGCGUUGAAGAAGAAGUGGCUGCCGCGCUUGGCGACGGACACUGUUGGAUCUUUCUGUUUGUCGGAGCCAGUUUCCGGGUCUGAUGCCUUUGCACUGGCUACCAAGGCUACGAGGACGGAUACCGGGUAUAAGAUCAACGGAGGCAAGAUGUGGAUAACGAACAGCAUGGAAGCUGGAUUUUUCAUCGUCUUCGCCAAUCUAGACCCAAGCAAGAAGUACAAGGGCAUUACCGCGUUUAUUGUUGAGAAAGGCACUCCGGGCUUUUCGAUUGCCAAGAAGGAGAAGAAGCUCGGUAUCAAAGCGAGCAGCACCUGCGUCAUCAACUUCGAUGAUGUCGAAAUUCCAAAGGAGAACCUUUUGGGCGAGGAGUUCCAGGGCUACAAGUACGCAAUUAGCUUGCUGAACGAGGGCCGCAUCGGCAUUGCCGCGCAGAUGACCGGCCUAGCACUCGGAGCGUUCGAGAAUGCUGCUACCUAUGUGUGGAAUGACCGUAAGCAAUUCGGUCAAUACAUCGGAGAGUUUCAGGGUAUGCAACAUCAACUAGCGCAAGCGUGGACGGAGAUACAGGCCGCACGCGCCCUCGUCUUCAACGCGGCUCGGAAGAAAGAAGCCGGACAAGACUUUGUCCAAGACGCGGCUAUGGCUAAGCUGUACGCGUCGCAAGUCGCUGGCAAAGUGUCCGGACAAGCCGUCGAAUGGAUGGGCGGCAUGGGCUUCGUCAGGGAGGGAUUGGCGGAGAAAUACUUCAGGGACUCGAAGAUCGGGGCCAUUUAUGAAGGCACAAGUAACAUCCAGUUGACGACAAUUGCGAAGAUGCUGCAGAAGACGUAUACGAGGUAGUGUGGGGCAUUUCGGGAUAUAGAGCGGAUAUGUUAGGUAGAGCGUAAAUGCAAUCAUUAAUUAAAUAGUGUGUAUGAGAGGAAGAGUACUAGACAAUGUGGAAAAAUUAGGAAGCC